AUCCUGCCUUGCACCAACGGUUCAGGCUGGUGGUGGUGGUGGUCCUGGUGUGGUGGAUCCAUCCUGCCUUGCACCAACGGUUCAGGCUGGUGGUGGUUUCAUGGUGUGGUGGAUCCAUCCUGUCUUGUAUCAAUGGUUCAGGCUGAUGGUGUUAUGGUGUGGUGGAUCCAUCCUGUCCUUGUAUCAAUGGUUCAGGCUGGUGGUGUCAUGGUGUGGGGGAUCCAUCCUGCCUUGUAUCAAUGGUUCAGGCUGGUGGUGCUGAUGGUGGUGUGGUGGAUCCAUCCUGCCUUGUAUCAAUGGUUCAGGCUGGUGGUGUCAUGG